AUGGAACAAAAUGUACAAGAAACACGGUCAUUGGCCUUGACUCCAACAUGGUCUGUUGCCACUGUGUUGACCAUCUUUGUUGCUGUCUCUUUGCUUGUGGAGCGCUCCAUUCACCGUUUAAGCAAUUGGCUGCGGAAAACUAAUCGAAAACCCUUGCUUGCAGCUUUGGAGAAGAUGAAAGAAGAGUUGAUGUUGCUCGGAUUUAUAUCACUCUUAUUAACAGCUACCUCACGCAUGAUAGCUGAUAUUUGCAUUCCAUCUAAGUUCUACAAUAGUGCUUUUGCUCCAUGCACAAGAUCUGAGAUUGAUGAAGAAAUAGAAGAGAAUGAUUCCCAGGAGCGUAAAUUAUUGAUAGUCUCUGCUUAUCCACACUUAUUUAGGAGGAUGUUGGAUGGAAUUAAUACAAGCUCCUGCAAAGAGGGCUAUGAACCAUUUGUUUCAUAUGAAGGUCUAGAGCAGUUGCACCGAUUCAUUUUUGUCAUGGCAGUAACACAUAUAUCUUACAGUUGCCUAACUAUGUUGCUUGCCAUCGUGAAGAUUCACAGUUGGAGAGUGUGGGAGGAUGAGGCUCACAUGGAUCAGCACGAUUCAUUAUCUGAAGUUACAAGAGAGCUAACUAUGCGAAGGCAAUCAACCUUUGUCAAGUCUCAUCCAUCAAACCCAUUGGUCAGAAACAGUUCCUUUAUGUGGGUGACAUGCUUUUUCCGACAAUUUGGGCGAUCUGUGGUUAGGGCUGAUUACCUCACUCUUCGCAAAGGCUUCAUCAUGAAUCACAACCUUUCACUAAAAUAUGAUUUUCACAGCUACAUGGUUCGAUCUAUGGAAGAGGAAUUCCAAAGGAUAGUUGGUGUGAGUGGUCCACUCUGGGGAUUUGUUGUUGCCUUCAUGCUUUUCAACAUUAAAGGAUCUAAUCUCUAUUUCUGGAUAGCUAUUAUUCCUAUAUCACUUGUGCUCUUGGUGGGAACAAAGCUACAGCAUGUUAUUGCAACCUUGGCAUUGGAGAAUGCUGGAAUUACAGGGUUCUUCCAGGAAGCAAAGUUGAAGCCUCGUGAUGAACUUUUCUGGUUUAAUAAGCCUGAACUGUUGCUGUCCUUGAUCCAUUUCAUUCUCUUUCAGAAUGCAUUUGAGUUGGCUUCAUUCUUUUGGUUCUGGUGGCAGUUCGGAUAUAAUUCCUGCUUUAUUAGGAAUCACCUUCUCCUUUAUUUAAGGCUAAUCUUGGGGUUUUCAGGACAGUUUCUUUGCAGCUACAGCACCUUGCCACUAUAUGCCCUUGUUACACAGAUGGGAACAAACUAUAAGGCAGCAUUGAUUCCACAAAGGAUAAGGGAAACAAUUCAUGGAUGGGGUAAGGCAGCUAGGAGAAAGAGAAGACACGGUAUGUUCACUGAUGACUCCACCAUUCAUACAGACACAAGCACUGUAUUGUCUAUUGAAGAAGAUGAUCAAAUAAUUGAUACCCCUGGAGACCUUGCCACUGGGCCUGAAGUAGAAUUGCAACCUGUAACAACUGUUACAUCUACCCCUUCUCCUAUUUCUAAUGAAACUUCAAGUAGGGCUGUUACACCCCUCCUAAGACCCUCAGCUUCAACAUCUUCAUCAGUACAAAGCAAAUCUAGAACAGAAGUAAUUCCAAGAUGCUCCUCAAUGCCAAGUGGAAGAUAAAUUAAAAGCAAUGGAAGAAAAUGAAGUUAGUUACAUGGUAAAUUGAUUAAGAUGGCUUAUGUAUGAUUAUUAGAAGCUAUAUAUGACUACUUUUAGUUUCCUUAAAAAGCUAUACAA